AUGGAGGAUGAGGAAGGCUACACCGCUUUAAAUUUACGACCCACAGCUUCAGUUAUUACUUCUGGGUAUUCAAGCAGCAACAAAUGUUCUACAUUUAAGGCUCCAGCCAGUUGUGUCAGAGUGGACAGAGCCUCUCCCUCAUCCUCCGUAUGGCAGCCAGUGGCCUUCGCUUUCCUCGUGUUGUGCCUGGUGCUGCUGACGGGCCUGGUAGCCCUGCUGGCCCUGUUUUUUCAGGUUUCCAAGAAUCCUGAGGAAGGAAAGAAGCUACAGGAAAUGAGGGAAGCAUUGUGUUUGGAUGGGAAGGAGAAAAACGGAACAAAAUGUGCUGUCUGUCCAGCAAGUUGGCUAAACAGUGGAGCUGACAACUGCUUCUACAUUUCAAAGGAGAAGAAAACAUGGAAGCAAAGCCAGAAGUUCUGUUCCUCAAGAAAUUCCACUCUUGCUGUGCUAAAAGACAAAGCAAAGAUGGUUUCUCUGCCACAGGAUUCACGACUCUACUGGGUUGGAUUAUCAUACAUAUCUGAAAGGAGCGGCUGGUACUGGGAGGAUGGAACAGCUUUUUCAAAAGAAGUGACAAAAUGGGUCGUGUUUUAUGACAACAUCUUCUGUGCCUCCUUAUAUGGACAGAUCAUUUACGCCAGCCACUCCUGUUCAACAGAGCAAUUCUGGAUCUGUGAGAAAGUGGCUGUUCAUUUCACCUGA